GACUUCGAUAUUUACACAGCAAAGUGUCACAUGCUAUCGUCUGAUCAGUCUAACAGAUUUCAAUUUAGCCUUGGAAAAUACUCUUGAAAUGGAUAAAGACAAUCUUGAAAUAGCAGCAUAUAUUGCAGUGCUGGUAACUGCUGUCUUUGUUAUAGUUAUAUGCGUUAUACUUCUUUACAAUUCCUGCAGAAAGAAACAGAAAGAUAAAUUGGAUCAUCGGACCGAGGCAUCACACAAUCAAAUAAGAGAACGAAUCAGCAAAGAAAAAAUUAUUGAUUAUUGCAAAUCAGAUGAUGAAAACGAGGACUUUGAGAAUUUUUGUAAACAGUUUCUUCCGAACGACAUUACAGUGAAAAAAAUACGACAAAGACAGCAAAGUCCAACACUACUAGCGAUGGUGCUUAUCCCCAUAGUAGAUGGACGAGAUAACUUAUUAAAGUAUCUUCGAAAAUUAAUCGAAGACACAAUAUCCAACAAUCAUAUAAAUGAAGACGAAAAAAUUUGGCUUGUUCACAUUUCACAUGACGGAAACAACAAAGAUGACCCUAUACAUGUGAUGAGAGAAGAGUUAUUUCAGGCAGUGAUACGAAAUAUCAAGAACAAUAUUAUUGGGGUCAUUAACAUUGUAUACGACGUCACUUCUUCCUUCCCAGAUUGUCAGACUAACAGAGAUGCUGUUAAACGGUUGAAAUCAGAAUUAGUACAUACUUAAUAGACGUCUACGAUGUUUUUGAGUUCACUUGGGUGC